CGGUCGCUCCGUCUCUAUGCUAAUCUCGAGGAAUUAAUUUACUCAAAAGAGGAGAUGUCAACCGCCAUCAUUGUUCUGCUGCUCAUCUUGCUUAUUCUAAUAUGUGUUGGAGCGGAAGUAAGAAAUGGGAGUCUUCCCGCGUAUGAAAUGAAUGCUCUCGGGGAAAUAGCAGAACAAUUGGGCAAAAAGGAUUGGAAUUUCAGUUUAAACCCUUGCGAUGGAAACUCCAACUGGCAAACACCAAGACCCAGCGAGACACCACUGAUUCAUAACAACACUGUCAACUGCAGUUGCUCUUAUCCUAAUGGUGAAUGCCACGUCAUCAGCAUAUCUCUUCAAGGCCAGGACCUUGCUGGUGUGCUACCGCCAUCCUUGGCAAAGUUACCAUACCUCAAGACAAUUGAUCUCACUCGCAACUAUCUCAGUGGUACAAUACCCCCAGAAUGGGCUUCUACCAAAUUGGAAUAUUUGUCUGUUGCUGUCAACUGCUUAUCAGGGCCCAUCCCAGCCUACUUGGGAAACAUUGCAACUCUCAUUUAUAUGAGCUUAGAGAUCAAUCGGUUUAGUGGUAUGGUUCCAGCUGAGCUUGGGAAGCUGCCCAACUUGGUGAAUCUAAUUCUCAGUGGUAACAAUCUCACAGGAGAGUUGCGGAUGGAGCUCACCAAUCUAACCAAAUUGACAGAACUUAGGUUAAGCAAUAACAACUUUACUGGAAAAUUACCCAGUUUCCAAAGUUGGAAACAACUUCAGAUGUUAGAGAUCGAAGCUGGUGGUUUCGAAGGACCCAUACCUCCUGACAUUUCUGUCUUAAAUUACUUAACUGAAUUAAGGAUCAGUGACUUAUAUGGAGGAAAUUCAGUUUCAGUUUUUCCGCAGCUAGGAAACAUGAAAGGAAUGAAAUAUUUGGUGUUGAGGAGCUGUAAUAUAUCUGAAGAAAUCCCCAAAUAUAUAGCAGAAAUGAACGAAUUGAAAUAUUUAGACCUCAGCUUCAACAAGUUGGAAGGGAAAAUUCCAAACCUUGAAGGACUCAGAAGUGUGAAAAAAAUGUAUCUGACAAGCAACCUGCUUUCUGGGCCCAUACCAGAAUGGAUCAAGAGCAGAAGUUCUAGCUACUAUAUAGAUCUCUCUUACAAUAACUUUUCUGAGGACUCUAUACCGAAUUUUUGUCCGGCUAACCUAAACUUGUUCAGAAGCUUUUCUAAAGGAAACAACUCAGAAUUGGGGAAGUGCUUCAAGCAAAAUUAUCUUCUUUGUUCAGAAGACCAAUAUUCAUUUCAUAUCAAUUGUGGUGGAGCAAAAAUUACCAUUGGAAACACCAUUUAUGAAGCAGAUGAAGACCAAGGAAAUUCAGCAAAAUUUGUUCCUAAAGGAGUAAAUUGGGGAACUAGUAUCAGUGGAGACUUCUGGGAACGUGAAUUAGAUAAGGAUUACAUUGCAGAAAAUGUAUCUGUCUUGAGAAUGAAAGACUCUGAAUUGUACACAAGGGCUCGCCUGUCUCCUCUAUCUCUCACUUAUUAUGGGCGUUGCUUGGCAAAUGGGAAAUAUACUGUUACACUCCACUUUGCAGAGAUAAUUUUUAGAGAGAACCAAUCUUUUCAGAGUCUUGGAAGACGGAUGUUUGAUAUUUAUAUACAGGAUGAGCUAGUUUUGAAGGAUUUUGAUAUUGAACAUGAAGCACAAGGGGUUGAUAAGGUGUGUAUAAAGAAAUGGAAAGCAAUUGUGAAGGAUAAAACUAUAGAGAUUCGCUUUCAUUGGGCUGGGAAAGGAACAACAAAAGUCCCUUUUAGUGGAAGCUACGGUACUCUCGUAUCAGCUAUUUCUGUGGCAUCUGACAACCCUCCUGAUGGCAAAAAGAAGAUAUCCAUUAUAGUUGGAGCUGUGGCUUCAGCAUUAUGCCUCAUUCUCAUAGUUUUUGGUAUUGUUUGGUGGAAAGGCUUUUUUGGGAACAGAACCUCAAGGGAACAAGAUUUGAGAGGAUUAGACCUGCAAACUUGUUUAUUUACCUUUAGACAAAUUAAAGCCGCCACUAACAACUUUGAUGUUGCAAACAAGAUAGGAGAAGGUGGUUUUGGAUCUGUCUACAAGGGUAUACUACUGGAUGGUACUGUAAUUGCAGUUAAGCAACUUUCUUCCCGAUCAAAUCAAGGAAAUCGUGAAUUUGUGAAUGAAAUAGGCAUGAUUUCUGGUUUACAGCACCCUAAUCUUGCAAGAUUGUAUGGAUGUUGUAUUGAACGUAGUCAAUUACUAUUGGUAUAUGAAUACAUGGAGAACAAUAGCCUCGCCAGUGCUUUGUUUGCAGGUCCAGUGGAGGGGCAAUUGAAAUUGGACUGGCCUUCAAGGCAAAGAAUUUGUAUUGGCAUUGCAAAAGGCCUAGCUUUCCUGCAUGAGGAAUCUACACUGAAAAUUGUUCAUAGAGACAUCAAGGCUACCAAUGUAUUGCUUGAUAGGGAUCUUAACCCUAAAAUCUCCGACUUUGGUUUGGCCAAGCUUCACGAAGAGAAUUCCCACAUUAACACCAGAAUUGCUGGAACCAUAGGGUACAUGGCACCAGAAUAUGCAUUAUGGGGUUACUUGACCGACAAAGCAGAUGUCUAUAGCUUUGGAGUUGUUGCAUUGGAGAUUGUUGUUGGAAAGAAAAACGUGAAAUAUCAUCCCAAUGAGAACUAUGCAUGUCUUCUUGAUUGGGCCUUUGUUUUACAACAAAAAGGAAGUGUAAUGGAGUUGGUGGAUCAAAAACUGGGUUCCAAUUAUAACAAAGAAGAGGUAUCAAGAAUGAUCCAAGUAGCACUAUUAUGCACUAAUCCAUCUCCAGAACAUAGGCCUACCAUGUCUGCAGUAGUAAGCAUGCUUGAGGGUCGUAUCGAGGUUCAGAAUAUAAUCGCAGAUCCAAAUAUCUAUGGUGAUGAUUUAAAGUUCAAAUCUCUGAGAGACAGGUAUGGUGAGCUGCAACUCCAGAGCUCAAGUGACACUCAGACCUUGUUUGAUUUGUCCGAAGCAACACGAAAUGGAUCUUCGUCCACAUCUGCCCAGGAUCUCCAUUGAGUCGAUUUUACUUCUCCAUCCUACACACAAACAAUGUAGUUCUAAUCUCUGUAGAAGCAAAUAUCCAAGUGUAAAUGUUUUGAGCGUGUAAUUUGAAUAAACAUAGUCGUAGCUAUGAUCUCAUUGCAUGACUAUAGUGUAAUGCUCUGCUUGAUCA